GAAGAAAAUAAUUCACAAAAAAGAAAUAUAAUCUAUGGAAAAAUCACGACGGCCAAUUUAAGAAUUUCAUAUCCACUCCAAUAGUGAUAAAAAGUAAUAAAAGAUUAUCGCUAACUAUAUGAAUUUAUUUAAUUUCAUUCAAUAGCGACUAUCUUAUCAUAUCGGUAUAGAUAUCGACGAACGGCGUGUCGGAUUUUUUUUUUUCAUUUGGCAGAUGUGUUGAGCAAGCCCUAUGGCAUACCGUGUUUAGUUGCAGUUUCUUAGCCAAAAAAGUUUUAGUGGAAUUCGGGUGGUGAAAUCGAAUUGUUUUUGUUUUCAGUUCGUCUCUGAGCGCGCUUGGGGGUGGACGCUAGCGCUGUGCUAUUUUCGUGUACGCAGUUCGCGUUUGUAAAAGUUCGGGAACGUUUAAAAGCGUUGUAAAUUUACUUUCAGUGCUGUGUUUAGUGACAUUGCUUGACUGUACCAGGAUUUAUACCGAUGCUGAACGAUACAGUGAUAUCGAAAGUGCAUCAAAAUGUGAUAAGCGAAGUGCUUCAGUGAUUGAUCUUAGUGAUACGGAAGUUUAACAUGGCGUGGUAUAUAGUGCUAGUGCUGUUGUGUGUGUCGUGUGGUGUUGGAGCUAGUAAUUGUAGAGGGGAAGAGCCGAAGGAGAGGUCGUGUGAGAACCUUUGCGAUGAGCAAGGGCACUGCGCUGUUAGGGCAGCUUUGUUGCUGCCGCGGAAUACGUCGUAUUACGCUUCAUUGACGAUGGUGGAGCCCGCUAUUGAGUUGGCGCUGCAGCAAGAGGUCGUCAAGCAGGCCUUUCCGGACUGGGUGAAGUUCGAGUACAUGAGCUACGACGUGGAGGACUGCGACUCCGCCUACGCAGUCAUCGAGGCUAUAGACGCCUACAAUGAUUGCGCUCACGUCUUCUUUGGGCCGUCUUGUGACUUUGCGCUUGCCGCUGUGGCCCGCAUCGCCAAGUUUCUCGGCAGCACAGGCACUCCCAUGCUCACCACUGGCGGCUUCUCCUUCGACUUCAGCGAGCCGAAGCAAAACUGUAGCUCGGAGUACUACAUGCUUGUACGUGCGGGGACUGUCGGCUUUAAGGACAUAGCCUUCUUUCUGAUCGACGUUAUGAGGCAUUUUGACUGGAAACAACUGCUGCUCAUCAUCGAGCCCGAGGCGCAAGUCAACGUCGCCGGCAUGUCCUCCUGUCACCUCAUGAUGAAGAGCCUAGCAAACUACUUGAAGAAAGAAGACAUUAUCUACACUCCUUGGGAUACAACAUCAGACGCCGGCCGAAAUUACACGGAGAAUCUGAAAACGUAUCUCAACUACCAGUAUACAAUUGUGGUGUUAUGCGCGAACCCCGGCACGGUCCGAGAGAUCAUGUUGGCAGCAGACGAACUAAACAUGGUGUCGUCGGGCGAAUACGUCUUCUUCAACAUCGAGCUGUUUUCCAAUUUAGCCUCAGCGUCGUCUAAACAGCCGUGGAAGGUGGAAGGAGACACCGAUGAGCGCAACGAGCGCGCGCGGCGAGCGUACAGCGCCGUGCUCACCGUCACCAGUCCAGCUCCUGAGAAAGAAGAGUACUUAGAAUUUUCGGAUCAGGUGAAAGAAUUAGCAGCGAAAAAAUACAACUACACUUUUGGCAAAGACGAGGUGGUAUCCACAUUUGUCGCCGCGUUUUACGAUGCUGUACUGCUGUACGCUUUGGCAUUAAACGAUACCUUGAAGCAGUCCCCAGAGCCUAGGGGACGGCUGGACGGGAAGGCGGUCAUUAAUAAUAUGUGGAAUAGAAGUUUUCAAGGUAUCACUGGCGAGGUUAUAAUAGAUAGCAAUGGAGACCGUGUGGCUUCCUACUCACUUCUGGACAUGGAUCCCACUACCAGCAAGUUCCAGGUGGUGGCAACCUAUGUGGCGGCGAACAAGUCUUUGCAGUUCAACCCAGACAGGCCGAUCCACUGGGCGGGCGGGAGCACAGACCCGCCCCGGGACACCCCCGUUUGCGGCUUCGACGGCUCGCUGUGCCCUGACAAGUCGCUCCCCGUAUACGCUAUUCUCAGUAUCGUUCUCAGUUCAGUGGUGGUGAUACUGGCCAUCCUGUCAGUAUUUAUCUACAGACACUACAAGUUGGAAGCCGAGAUCGCCAUGAUGACGUGGCGGGUGAACUGGAGCGAUGUGCUGCAGCCGGGAGCAAGGCUGCGUGGGAGCAUGCACUCGCUGGCACGAAGGUACAGCAGUGGGACGGCGUACUCAGACGAGGCAACGUCAUUGGCCGGCGACCGACAGAUCUACACUCCUUGCGGGCUGUAUAAAAGCUGCAGGGUAGCGCUUAAAAAAGUUGAUAAACAGCGCAUAGACUUAACAAGACCAUUGCUACUCGAAUUGAAGAAAAUGAAAGAUUUAGAACAUGAUCAUUUAGCAAGAUUCUACGGAGCGUGCGUGGAUCCACCCCAUUGUUGUCUGCUGACCGAAUAUUGCCCCAAAGGGUCCUUACAGGACAUUUUGGAGAAUGACACGAUCAAAUUGGAUUGGAUGUUCAAAGUCAGCUUAAUGCAUGACAUCGUCCGGGGCAUGCACUUUCUCCACGGAACCGACAUCAGGUCCCACGGCAACCUCAAAUCCAGCAACUGCGUCGUUGACUCCCGCUUUGUCCUGAAGAUCACCGAUUUUGGUCUACACGCUCUCCGAACCACCGAAAAAGAUCCGUCGGCUCAUAGCUAUUGGACUCGAAUGUUGUGGACCGCUCCUGAACUGCUACGCAUGGAAGACCCACCCCCAGAAGGCACGCAGAAAGGAGACAUAUACUCGUUCGCAAUUAUCAUGCACGAGAUAGUAAACCGGCAGGGCGCAUUUUGGCUGGGGCCCGGUAUAGAAAUGGGUCCGAAAGAAAUAAUCGAGGCCGUAAAAGCCACAGGCCUCCGGCCGAACACGUCCCACCAUCGCUCGUGCGACAUCGACGACGCGCACGACCUCAUGCGGCGCUGCUGGGCCGAAGACCCCAACGAGCGCCCCGUGUUCGCGCACCUGAAGGGCGCCGUCCGUCGCCUCAACAAAUCCCAAGAAAGUAGUAAUAUAUUGGAUAAUCUGCUAUCCCGUAUGGAACAGUACGCUAAUAAUUUAGAAACAUUAGUUAGUGAAAGAACUCAAGAUUAUUUGGAAGAAAAGAAGAAGUGCGAGGAACUUUUAUAUCAGUUGUUACCAAAGUCAGUAGCCUCUCAACUAAUAAAUGGCCAGUCAGUCGUCGCAGAGACGUUCGAACAAGUCACCAUCUACUUCUCCGACAUCGUGGGCUUCACCGCGCUCUCCGCUUCAUCCACGCCGAUGGAAGUCGUGGAUUUACUCAACGAUUUGUACACCUGCUUCGACAGUAUUGUGGAGAAUUAUGACGUUUAUAAGGUGGAGACCAUAGGCGACGCUUACAUGGUAGUGUCAGGACUGCCUGAGCGCAACGGCACGCGGCACGCAUGCGAGGUGGCCCGCAUGGCUCUGGCCCUGCUCAAUGCCGUUCGCCGGUUCCGCAUCAGACACAGACCGCAUGAUCAGUUGAAGCUAAGGAUAGGAUUGCACUCUGGCCCCUGCGUCGCUGGAGUGGUAGGCCUCAAGAUGCCUCGCUACUGCCUCUUCGGAGACACGGUGAACACGGCCUCCCGAAUGGAGUCCAACGGCGAGGCCCUCCGGAUCCACGUCUCGCCGACGACUAAAGCUCUACUGGACACCUUCGGGACAUUCCAGCUGGAGUUGAGAGGAGAGGUUGCUAUGAAGGGAAAAGGAACUCUAGUCACAUAUUGGUUACUGGGAGAGAUAGUCGAUCCGAAUGCGCCGCCUAGAGAAAAACCAUCUCUGCCGAAGCUUCAAACUCAAUCCACUGAAAGUGGAGGGUCUAUUUCACACCUGACUCCAUUCCGACAAAGACUUGAUGGAUCCAGGUCAUCCAGCAGGCGGGGUUCCGGCAUAUUUCAGCAAAGAAACAACGACUUUAUAAAACUAGAAAAAGAAGCGCAGCCACUGUUACAAAAUCUCAAAAUACAAAGACAGCAGUCAGACCCUACCGAACCGGUCGCCAAUGGCGUGACAUCUGCCGAAGAAACGGAUAAACUCAGCGUUUCUAAUUCAAUAUCACUUAAUGUCAACUCUUUAAAUCACAAUUCGGUCAGUCAAAGCGGCCAACCUAAAGUUAAACUGAAGGACUGCCAAAUGAACUCCAUAGGAAAUCAUAAUUCGAAUAAAGUAGGUAAUAAUAACUGGAUACCCAAGCUACCGCAAGCAAGUUCUUUCGACAAUGGCUCCAGGAAGAGUAAUCAUUGCUUAAAAGACUAUAGCAGUGUUCCUUUACUGUCUAAAGCAGAUACACCAAAUGAUUCGAUCGUUUAAGGUUAUCGUGAAUAUUAUGUACUUAAUAAUAUGGCAAUUUAUAUGAGAGAUUUUGAGAAUGUAAGUGUGACUAUUCAAUGUUUUAAAUGUCGGUAGUCAUAGUAUCUCUAUUGUUGAAGUGUGCUCAGUUAUCGUCGUCUCUUACAUUCCUUUACAAGCUUCGUAAGACUAUCCUGCUUGUGAUAUUUCUAAUAUUAUCUUGAAAAUGAACAUCGAAAAGCCAAUUCAUUUUCAUUGUCUGAUGAAUUGUCGAGCUAUCGUAGCAGUAGGUACUUAAAAAUGUAUUUAUUUUCACAGUGUUGACACUAGGCUGUAAAUAUACUUAAGAAUUUAUUUAUUGUAAAUAUUAUAGUAUUAAAUGUAACGUCGUUGUGAUCUUAGCAAAAGGUAUUCUGAAAACCAGUAAUUAUUAAUAGUAAAUGUAGACAAAGUAAAAAUAAACCCUCGAUGUUUUAAAAACGUUAUAGCAAAUAUAAAGAGUGAGAACGA